AUGUCAAAAAACGCCCAGCGCAACGAAAGGAGGAAGGCUGCCAAAAAGGAGCAGGCUAGAGCUGAUGAAGCCGCCUCCGCCGUGGCUUCGGGACCCAAGGCCACUGGCAGCUUUGAGGAGCUGAUCGGGCUUGGCAAGGCUUUGUUCUUGGGUUCUUGUGUGGCGGCGUAUGCCCCCAAGCUGCAAGACUUGCUGAAAGAAAACGGCAAGGCUGCAGAGCCCGAGAAAAGCAAUGAAGAAUCGGAGAAGGACUCCCCAGAAACUGAGCCAACCGCAUCCCCCGAGGGCUCGGAAGCCAUCUUCACGAGCUUGGGUGCCCGCCUGGUGUGGCACAACUGUCUAGGCUUGGCAGAGCCCCAGACGGGUGAGGAGGCGAUGCAGCAGUGGAAGGCCUUGAGCCAAUUGGAGAUGGAUUUUGGCCCCAAGAAAGCAAAGCGUGGAAAUCCUUCGUCGGACAGGAUACUGGCUAACCUCUGCGGAAACUUGCCGCAGUACCUGCACAUUUUGCUAGCACUGGCAAUGCUCCAUGCCUUUCUCUUCCGAUCAUAUUUCGCUUGCUUGCCAUGGCUUCUGGCCUGGCAGACGGCCUCUUUGCUGAUUCCGUUGGAGACCCUUGAGCAGGUGCCUCAGGUGCCACUUAGCCAGUGCCCAGUCAAGUUUCGCGUGCUGGCCACAUUGGGCAUUCACGCUUUGUUUCUGUUCUUUUUCGGCCUGGAGCUGGUUUGGAGAAUGAACUUCCUUGUCAAAAUCCUGGUACUUGGUCUGAUCAUUUUCCACGCGCACUCUGUGAAGCCAGCUGCAGCUUGA